AUGGACGCGUCUCAAGCACUGGCGCUCUGUCUGCUUGUGCUUUUCCUGUGGAGUUUACCGUGCGCACACUGCGCCGCUAUCGUGCCCACCUCGGGACAGAAGAGGAACAGGGGUACCAGGAGCUCGCAAGAUGGACAAAGGUCACCCAGAUUUCUGAAGGAGCUUUUUGUGUCCUCGCCGGGUCUAUUACGGGAUGAUUUUAAGAACUCGAUUGUUCCUCAUGAUUACAUGAUAUCCAUAUACAGGACUUACUCUGCGGCCGAAAAGCUGGGGCUGAAUGCCAGCUUUUUCCGUUCCUCCAAGUCUGCCAAUACUAUAACAAGUUUUGUGGACAGGGGAAAAGAUGAAUCGGCGCACUUUCCAUUGCGAAGGCAGAAAUAUAUAUUUGAUGUUUCCACUCUCUCGGAAAAAGAGCAGCUGGUCGGAGCAGAACUGAGGAUCCUCCGAAAAGUCCCAGAGGACCCCAUGUACUCACCGCCGGGACUCUAUAACAUUGAUCUUGUCUCCUGCGGCUCGGGCAGGUUGUUGGACUCCAGUUCUGUGGAUCUUGGUGCAUCUAGAAACCCAGUCUGGGAGGUAUUGGACGUGUGGGAACUGUUUAAAAGCAGAGUCCCAACAGGUCGCAGUAAUCAGCUGUGUGUUGAGCUUAAGGCCACGGGGUCUCAGUCCGACGCUGAAGUCGACCUGAGGUCACUGGGUUUUGAGAGACGCGGACGCGCGCAGCGAGAAAAAGCCAUCCUUGUGGUGUAUGCGCGCUCCCGAAAGAGAGAAAACUUAUUUAAUGAGAUGCGGGAGAAUAUCAAGACGGCCCGGGGUAACCGAGGAUCUGAACAGGAUACCGGAAUGCAAUUUAAAGCACGCCGGCGCCGGAGAACCGCACUUAAUAACCGGCACGGUAAGAGACACGGCAAGAAGUCUAAAUCGAGGUGCAGCCGCAGAGCGCUUCAUGUGAACUUCAAGGAGCUUGGAUGGGACGACUGGAUCAUCGCCCCUCUGGACUAUGAAGCGUACCACUGCGAGGGCAUGUGCGAUUUUCCUCUGAGGUCUCACCUGGAGCCCACCAACCAUGCCAUCAUCCAAACCCUGAUGAACUCCAUGGACCCAAACAGCACGCCGCCCAGCUGCUGCGUGCCCACCAAACUCAGUCCCAUAAGUAUACUCUAUAUAGACUCUGGUAAUAAUGUGGUGUAUAAACAGUAUGAGGACAUGGUGGUGGAGCAGUGCGGCUGCAGGUAGCAAUGCACCC